CUUUAAGAGCGAUGGGGUCCACGGGGACUUUGGGUGCUUGCGCGGAGGCUGCAAUAUUCAAGUUGUUGCGUUCACGCCGGGGGAAGGGCGGGCGAUUUGGGAGGUUUUUAAGGGAUUUGCUCAGCUUGGGGCAACGGCUUCGCCUGCAACCAUGGUGUCCUGGCUGCUCAGCAGGUUGAUUGUGCUGCUUUUUGGGAUGCUCUACCCUGCCUACGCUUCCUACAAGGCUGUGAAGUCCAAAAACAUCCGGGAAUACGUCCGCUGGAUGAUGUACUGGAUCAUCUUUGCACUCUUCAUGGCCACGGAGACCUUCACAGACCUUCUCAUCUCCUGGUUUCCCUUCUACUACGAGAUCAAGAUGGCCUUUGUCAUCUGGCUGCUCUCCCCCUACACCCGUGGUGCCAGCCUGCUCUACCGCAAAUUUGUGCACCCCACGCUGUCCCGCAGGGAGAAGGAGAUUGACGCCUACAUCAUCCGGGCCAGGGAGCACAGCUACGAGACAGUGGUUCGCUUCGGCAAGAGGGGCCUCAACAUAGCAGCCACUGCUGCGGUCCAAGCGGCCACCAAGAGCCAGGGUGUCCUGGUCGGACGGCUCCGCAGCUUCAGCAUGCAGGACCUGCGCUCCAUCCCUGAUGAUGCCCCCGUGCUCUACCAGGACCCCCUGUACCUGGAGGAGGAGGAAAGCCGUCAGCAGCUGCUGGCCUACAGCACGCCCUCGGUGAGGCGGCAGUAUGCGAGUGAGACGGAGGAUGAGGAGCUCUUGUCGGACUCGCAGCUCUCACCUGAGCCUUCAUCGCGUGCCUGGACCUCCAAAUCCCUUGCUCGCAGCCAGAGCCUUCACGGAGCAAGGAAGAAGUCUGCCAAGGAGGGUUCUUCCCGACUCUUGCGCAGCCGGAUCAGGAAGAAAGGAGUGGCUUCAUUGGAGCAGGACAGCUGAUGGCCCUGAGAAAACCCUUUGCCAAGAGUCCUAACACAGGUUUGCUGCUGCAGCAGCAGGAGAGAGCGACGGUUGGAGCAUCCCUCUUGCCUUACACUGUAAAUGCCUUCUCUGACCUCUGGGCACCUCUGUCUGCCUCGGGGAGGGCAGGGCAGCCGGUCCCCAAGCUGCUGCUGCCUAUGCCUCCUCCUGGACUCCAUUGCUGUGGGUCUUUGGGGGUGCCUGAAUCACUACAGGCUUUGCAGGUGAGCCCCGACCUUGGCUCAGCAUUGCUGUGGGCCCCCCCUCCCCCUCCUGCUGCCAUGGUGCCUUAUUCCUGACAUCCCCUUUCCCCUGGGAGCUGGUGAAGGGCUGUGCCUCGUCCCAUCUCUCCUCUGAAGCCGAAGAUGCAGCCCCUGGCCAGACACCCACAUGCGUGGUCAGACUGACAGCCCCAGACUUGAAACCAGGGUGCUGGUGCCUGAGAGUGCCCUGGCUGGCACCACACGGCUUUUAAUGUUCUCCCCUCCCAGAUAGCGUUUUUUACAUGGAAAAAUAAACAUUAUUUCAGUCUUUCAGAAGCAGGAGUCAUCCCCUUUGCCUAAAUUCUGUCCCCUUCCCUGGAAGUUGGGGCUGUGGGGGAGCCUGCAGGGUGCAUGGGGUGGUGGAAGGGUGCAGUGCUUGGUCUCUGUGGGGUGCAGUGCUGUGGG